UUGUUAGUAUGGCAGAAAUUAAGAAACGAAGCGCCGAACAGGCCAUUCAGAUGGCAUCCGAGGAUGCUGUGGAGAAAAAGUCAAAGCGAUCUAAGCAAGACAAAGUUAAAGAUAAGGAUUUUAAGAAGGAUAAGAAGGACAAGAAGUCUAGGAAGAAAGAUAAAAAGAAAGAUAAAUCAGAAGUAACUGAAAUUGAGUUGAAUGUGAAUGUGGGUGAGAAUACCACAGAAGCAGGUGUUGAUGCUAUGGAGCAGGUCACUCAGGUAUCAGUUUCAGAUUCGCUUCAAAGCAACGAGAAAUUAGAUGAAGUUGAGGAGGAAGCAUUAAGACAGUGGGAGGCGCAACAGAUGGCCGAGGAAGUGCAAGAGAAUGCGACAGAAGUGGUUAAGGCUACGGACAAGGGGGGUAAGAAUAAAAAGGGUACGAAUGCGAAGAAAGAGAAGGGAGAGAAGAAGUUCAAGGGGGUGACUUGCCCGUUCAGGAACUGUACGGAGGUGUUCAAAGCAAUGAAACCGCACGGUAUAUACACGUGUACGACAAACGAGGACAAGAAGGUGUAUGCGUGCAUGGUGAAAUCGUGCCCCAAAACGUUUAUCAAUUCUAAGCGACUAAGGGUGCACUUCAGGACACAUAAGGAGAAGGAGCGUGUACUAUUGGACUGUCAAUGUUAUGGAUGUGUGGGAAGAACCGGUGCCAAUGCGAUUAAAACUACCACCAUCGAUACCACACCAUUGGAGGUAAACAACACGUCAGUUAAGAAACUGGGGGAGGAUGUCACAUGCACAGGAACAGGAAAGGUGGCUCUGAAAUGCCCGUAUAAGGGCUGUGAAGAAGUAUUUACUACACUCAAACCCCACGGAGUGUACAAGUGCACCGCCGACAAGAAGGAGUCCUAUAACUGCAUUGUGCACGCGUGUGGUGAUUUGUUUGUGAAUACGAAGCAGCUCAAGCAACACGUUGCUAAGCACACGUACAAGGAUAAACUCGACUGCAAAUGCCAUCUGUGUCUCGUACGAUCGGCGCUCAAAGAGGCCGAUAGCGCUGCCAGGAAACCCGAGGAGGAGACCGCCCAAUCCGAUACAGUUACAUCCAAAAACAAUGCGAAGAAGGAGCCGGUUAAAACAGAUCUGACUAUUAAAUCAGACGAUACGACCACAUUGUCCGACGCCGGGGCUGAGGGUGUCAAGGUGGAGUGUCCUCAUACUGGUUGUGAGGAAACCUUUGCACUCGAAUCGCAUCGCAAGUACCGCUGCAAGACUACCGCCAAACAUCCUGUGGUGAGAGUGUGCUUUGUUGCGGCGUGUGGCAAGGCAUUCACAGAUAAUCUGCAGAUGAAGGAACAUGUUGCGUUAGACCAUAACAAAAAUGGCAAGGUGGAGGACUUGAUUUGUGAUUGCUGUAGCUGUGAGAAGCUGUAUGCUGAUUUUAGACUGAGGUAA